CCUACCCUGCCUGAGCUGAUCACUUAGCUCUGCUUACCAAGGCAGACCAGAACCGCUGGCUCCCUGCACUCACUGUGCCAGCUAAGGACCACACAGACUGAAGUCCUAAUGCGAACAUAUGUGCAGUCAGAGCCAGCAAAGUCUUGUACAAGGUAACUGACUCAACAAAUCAAGAUGGAGGAGGAAGAUACUCGGGAACUUUUGCUACCCAACUGGCAAGGCAGUGGAUCGAUGGGUCUAACCCUGGACAAGAACGAAGAAGGAGUAUUUGUGAAACAGCUGGUGCAGAACUCACCAGCUGCCAAAACAGGAGUUGUAAAGGAAGGUGACCAGAUUGUUGGCGCAACGGUCUACUUUGACAACAUGUCAUCAGAAGACAUACAAAAUCUGCUGGCAAAUGUAGGACACCAUACUGUAGGUCUCAAGCUACAGAGGAAAGGGGAUCGAUCCCCUCUACCUGGCAUGACCUAUUCACAUGACGUCUUUAGCCUGAAAAGUCCUGAUGUUGUUCUGAGUGGAGAUGAUGAGGAAUACAGACGAAUUUACACAAAGAAGAUUAAGCCACGACUGAAGUCAGAUGAGUCUCUAGAGCCAGAGACUCAGACAAGGACCAUCACAGUUACCAGGAAGGUGACUGCCUACACUGUGGAUGUGACAGGGGCAAAAGAUUCAAAAGAGAUUGACAUAAGUAGCCCUGAAUACAAAAUCAAAAUUCCUCGUCAUGAAAUAACUGAAAUAUCAAAAACCAGCGUGGAGACAGAUGAGGGCAAAACAGUAAUCCGGAUUCCUGGUAUUGAUGUGUCUGGAAAAAGCUUUCAGGCAGGUGGAGAAUACAGCGUUUCCCAGCCAGGAGAUUCUGUCAAUGUUCAUAGUACCACUGUAAGAUAUCAAGAUUUGAGUGGGAGGCAAUAUGAGUUUCCGGAAGGCUAUAGUGAUUCUCAUGCCCAGGUUGACAGCAGAUCAUCCUUCGGCAUCAGUGUGCCUGGUGUAAGUGUUUCUGGACCAAAGUUCCAAAAUUAUGAAAAGAAAAUUGAUGUCAACAUGUCCAGAUUUGGAGCAGAGCAUGAUAUUGGUUUUAGAGGUCCUAAUGUUGCAGGAAGUUCUUCUUCUACGGACAUUGGUUUAACAGGUCAUGUUGGGAAAGUAUCAGAUUUUGACACUUCAACUAGAGCAACUAUGAAUAUCAAAGCUCCAAAAGUAAACCAGACCGCACCUAUUUUGGGUGUGAAAGAACCGGAUGCUGAGUUUGACAGCUCUGUUGGAAAGAUACAAAUACCCUCAUUUAAAAUGCCACGGUUUGGUUUCUCAGAAACAAGUGAAGGGAUUACCAAAAUUGGCAUGAAAUUUCCAGAAGCAACUGUUGACACUCCCAUAACAGUGGGUAAGACCAGUGUCACAAAUCCAGACAUUCAUCUGGAUGGUAAAAUUAAGGGUCCUAGUAUUGUUGUUGAUGUACCAAACUAUUCCAUGCCAAAUGUUAGCAUUGAUAUGCCAGGUUCUAAAUCGAAGGGAGUGACGCAAAUUACAGGUCCCACAAUAGAAGGCGAUGUAACAGUUCCUAAAAUUGAUGUGAAGAGUCCACAGUUUAACCUUGCAUCAAAAGAUAUAGGUGUUAAAGGUCUGCAGAUGGACCUAAAAGGAGCAAAAGUUGAUGCACCCACUCCUAAUGUGGACUUAAGUGUAGAGGCUGAUGUAAAACAUCCCAAAUGUAUUAUUAAUGCUCCAAAGGCAGAGGUAGCCAUGCAAAAUGUGUGUGUUGAAGGGCUAGAAGGAAGGUUGAAUGUGCCAAAAUUUAAAUUACCUACAUUUGAAAUGUCAGGAUCGAAACCAGAAGGUGGUAUUGAUAUCUCAGGCCCACAAAUUGAUAUUGCAGCUCCAGAGAAAGUACUGAAAGCUUCAGUGCCUAAUGUUGACAUAAAUCUGAAGAGUGCCAAGUGGGAAGGAGGUCCACAGGUAGAUGUAAAAGCAACAGAAGUUGAACUUGAGGCUCCGGAGUUAGAUAUUCACAGGUAUGAAGACAAACUAAAGAUUCCAAAAUUUAAAAUGCCAAAGUUUGGGACUUCUACAAAAGAAGAUGAUGUAGUGAUUUCUAAAGGUGCUAUACAGGUAACAGGUCCUGAUGUUGGCAUUGAGACUCCAGCAUUUGAUAUUAAAAGUCCAGAGGUAAAUGUGAAAGGUGGUGAUACGACUAAGCCAUCUUUGGGUGUCUCCAUGUCAAGCGUAUCUGUGCCAGACUUCAGCUUGAAAGGCCCCAAAGGAAUGGAUAUUCCAAAAUCUAAAGUUAAGGCAGAUCUAAAAAGCCCAGGCAUUGAUCUUAAGGCUCAAGAAAUUAAUUUAGGAGUAUCAAAUGUCAGUGUGACUGGCUCAAAAGGAGGGCUUAAAAUGCCUAAAUUUGGUAUUAGUGAGUCAAAUGUGGAAGUCCCAAAUGUAGAUAUAAACAUUUCAAAAGCAAACAGAGAUAUUGGUGGCCCAGAUGUGAAAAUGAUAAGCCCUAAAGUUAACAUGCAGUCAAUGAAUGUCUCUUUACCAAAGGUGCCUGAUGUUGAUCUGAACCUGAAAGGUCCUAAUCUGGGUGGCAAUUUUAAAGGUCCCAAAGUGGAUUUCAGAGUGCCAGAAGUUAACCUUGAGGCUCCAGAUAUAGAUACUGGAAAAGUAAAGGGUUCCAAAGUCAGUGUGCAUCAUCCAAAAAUGUCAGAUAUUGAUGUUAACGUGAAAGGUCCUAAGCUAGAAGGAGAUUUUAGAGGUGUCAGUCUUGAUAUUAAGGGACCAGAGAUGGAUGGUAAAGUGCCAGAGGUUGAUCUGGAAGCACCUGAUUUCAAUCUGAAAGGUUCAGAAGGAAAACUUAAAAUGCCUAAAUUUAAAAUGCCCAAGUUUGGCAUUUCUAAACCAAAAGUGGAAUACUCAACUAUUGAUAAAAGUCUCCCCAAUGUAAAUAUUGCUAAAUCAGGAAAAGAUAUAAAUGUUGAAUCUCCUGACUUAAAUAUUGAAGGCACAGGGGGUAAGGUGAAGGGCCCUAAGUUACCAGAACUAUCUAUGCCUGAAGUUGACCUGAGAUUGAAAGGUCCUAAAAUGGAGGGCUCAAAAGUUGAUGUCAAAGGUACAGAAUUUGAUGCUCCAAAACUAAGUGUAGAUGGAAAGGUAAAAGGGUCUGCGCACCUUCCAAACAUUGAUGGUCUCAGUGGGAAAGUAGAUGUUAAUAUAUCUGUCCCUAAGAUUGAAGGAGAUAUUAAAGGGUCAAAAGUUGAUGCACAGGUUUCUGAAGUUGGUGUAAAUUUUCCAGAUGUUGAUCUUGAAGGUCCUGAAGGAAAAUUCAAAAUGCCCAAAUUUAAAAUGCCCAAGUUUAAUUUGUCUGGUUCAAAAAGUGGAGGUCAAAAUAUAGAUGCCAAACUUCCAAAGGGUGAGAUUGAUAUUGAAGCUUCAGAGUUAGACCUAGAAAGCCCAGAUGUUAAAGUGCAAGGGCCUAAAUUGAAGAUGCCUCCUGCGCUUUCAAAAAUGUCAGUGCCUGAUGUUGACCUAAAUUUGAAAAGUCCAAAAUGGAAAGGAGAAGCUGAAAUCACAGGGCCCAAAAUUGAAGGAAAUUUAAAUGGUCCUGAAAUUGAUAUUAAAGCUCCGGAAGCUGAUGUUGUUGCACCAAAUAUAGAUAUAGAGGGAAAAGCAAAAUUAAAAACUCCUAAAUUUCACAUGCCAAAAUUUGGCUUUUCUGGUUUUAAAGAUGAAGGUUCAGAUGUUAAAUUGCCAAAAGGAGAAAUUGAGAUCAGUGGUCCAAAAGUAGAUGUUGAAAUUCCAAAAAUUGAUAUUCCUGAAAGUAAAGUAAAGGGUCCUAAAUUGAAGGGAGUAGUUGAUGUUUCAGGUCCUAAAAUUGAAGGAGAAUUACAAAGUCUAGAUAUGGAUUUUCCAGAAUUUGGUACAGAAGGUCCUGAAGGUAAUAUUAAAGGACGAAAGUUUAAUAUGCCAUCAAUAAAUCUUGAUAUGCCAAAAGUGUCAAUGCCCAAUGUUGACAUGAAUUUGAAAGGACCCAAAUGGAAAGGAGCGACUGGUACCUCUGGCCCUAUAUUAGAAGCAAACUUGAAACAACCAAAAGUUGACAUGAAGGGGCCCAACGUGGACAUUGAUGUCCCUAAAGUAGAUCUUAAUGCCCCAGAUGUAGACUUUGAGGUAAAAGUAAAAGACUCACGAUACAAGAUGCCAUCAAUGAAUCUUCCCAAAAUGCCUAAUGUUGAUUUUAAUGUAAGAACUCCUAAACUGGAAGGAGAUGUGAAAGCGCCAAAAGUUGACCUAAAGGGACCUGAGGUAGACCUUGAAUGCCCAGAUGUGGACAUUGAUGGUAAAAUAAAAGGCUCAAAAUUCAAGAUACCAUCAAUGCAUCUUCCACAUAUGUCUAUGCCUGACAUUCAUUUGAAAGGUCCAAACUGGAAAGGAAAAGCAGAUGUUGAUUUGCCUAAUUUAGAAGGAGAGUUGAAAGGUCCUAAUGUUGACCUAAAGGGGCCUGAGGUUGAUCUAGAAAUGGCAGGUGUUGAUGUUGAAGGUCCAGAAGGAAAGCUGAAAAUGCCUAAAUUUAAAAUGCCCAAGUUUGGCCUUUCAGGAUCGAGUGCAGACGCAUCUGUAGGGGAUGUUGAGCUUCCAAAAGCUGACCUUGAAGUGUCUGGGCCAGAUUUUGACAUCGAUGGCCCUGAAGCAAAAGUAAAGGGCUCAAAAUUCAAGAUGCCAUCAAUGAAUUUUAAUCUACCUAAGAUGUCUAAGCCUGAUUUUGAUAUAGGCAUGAAAGGUUCCGGUGAUGCUAAAGUGGAUAUUAAGGGUCCCAAGUUGGACCUUGAAACCCCUGAUAUAGACAUUGAUGGUAAAGGAAAAGGUCCAAAAUUCAAGAUCCCAUCUAUGGGUCUUCCAAAAAUGCCUGAUGUUGAUUUUAAUGUAAGAACUCCUAAACUGGAAGGAGAUGUGAAAGCGCCAAAAGUUGACCUAAAGGGACCUGAGGUAGACCUUGAAUGCCCAGAUGUGGACAUUGAUGGUAAAAUAAAAGGCUCAAAAUUCAAGAUACCAUCAAUGCAUCUUACACAUAUGUCUAUGCCUGACAUUCAUUUGAAAGGUCCAAACUGGAAAGGAAAAGCAGAUGUUGAUUUUCCUAAUUUAGAAGGAGAGUUGAAAGGUCCUAAUGUUGACCUAAAGGGGCCUGAGGUUGAUCUUGAAAUGGCAGGUGUUGAUGUUGAAGGUCCAGAAGGAAAGCUGAAAAUGCCUAAAUUUAAAAUGCCCAAGUUUGGCCUUUCAGGAUCGAGUGCAGAUGCAUCUGUAGGGGAUGUUGAGCUUCCAAAAGCUGACCUUGAAGUGUCUGGGCCAGAUUUUGACAUCGAUGGCCCUGAAGCAAAAGUAAAGGGCUCAAAAUUCAAGAUGCCAUCAAUGAGUUUUAAUCUACCUAAGAUGUCUAAGCCUGAUUUUGAUAUAGGCAUGAAAGGUUCCGGUGAUGCUAAAGUGGAUAUUAAGGGUCCCAAGUUGGACCUUGAAACCCCUGAAAUAGACAUUGAUGGUAAAGGAAAAGGUCCAAAAUUCAAGAUCCCAUCUAUGGGUAUUCCAAAAAUGCCUGAUGUUGAUUUUAAUGUAAGAACUCCUAAACUGGAAGGAGAUGUGAAAGCGCCAAAAGUUGACCUAAAGGGACCUGAGGUAGACCUUGAAUGCCCAGAUGUGGACAUUGAUGGUAAAAUAAAAGGCUCAAAAUUCAAGAUACCAUCAAUGCAUCUUCCACAUAUGUCUAUGCCUGACAUUCAUUUGAAAGGUCCAAACUGGAAAGGAAAAGCAGAUGUUGAUUUGCCUAAUUUAGAAGGAGAGUUGAAAGGUCCUAAUGUUGACCUAAAGGGGCCUGAGGUUGAUCUAGAAAUGGCAGGUGUUGAUGUUGAAGGUCCAGAAGGAAAGCUGAAAAUGCCUAAAUUUAAAAUGCCCAAGUUUGGCCUUUCAGGAUCGAGUGCAGACGCAUCUCUAGGGGAUGUUGAGCUUCCAAAAGCUGGCCUUGAAGUGUCUGGGCCAGAUUUUGACAUCGAUGGCCCUGAAGCAAAAGUAAAGGGCUCAAAAUUCAAGAUGCCAUCAAUGAAUUUUAAUCUACCUAAGAUGUCUAAGCCUGAUUUUGAUAUAGGCAUGAAAGGUUCCGGUGAUGCUAAAGUGGAUAUUAAGGGUCCCAAGUUGGACCUUGAAACCCCUGAAAUAGACAUUGAUGGUAAAGGAAAAGGUCCAAAAUUCAAGAUCCCAACUAUGAGUUUUCCAAAAAUGCCUGAUGUUGAUUUUAAUGUAAGAACUCCUAAACUGGAAGGAGAUGUGAAAGCACCAAAAAUUGACCUAAAGGGACCUGAGGUAGACCUUGAAUGCCCAGAUGUGGACAUUGAUGGUAAAAUAAAAGGCUCAAAAUUCAAGAUGCCAUCAAUGCAUCUUCCACAUAUGUCUAUGCCUGACAUUCAUUUGAAAGGUCCAAACUGGAAAGGAAAAGCAGAUGUUGAUUUGCCUAAUUUAGAAGGAGAGUUGAAAGGUCCUAAUGUUGACCUAAAGGGGCCUGAGGUUGAUCUAGAAAUGGCAGGUGUUGAUUUUGAAGGUCCAGAAGGAAAGCUGAAAAUGCCUAAAUUUAAAAUGCCCAAGUUUGGCCUUUCAGGAUCGAGUGCAAGCGCAUCUGUAGGGGAUGUUGAGCUUCCAAAAGCUGACCUUGAAGUGUCUGGGCCAGAUUUUGACAUCGAUGGCCCUGAAGCAAAAGUAAAGGGCUCAAAAUUCAAGAUGCCAUCAAUGAAUUUUAAUCUACCUAAGAUGUCUAAGCCUGAUUUUGAUAUAGGCAUGAAAGGUUCCGGUGAUGCUAAAGUGGAUAUUAAGGGUCCCAAGUUGGACCUUGAAACCCCUGAAAUAGACAUUGAUGGUAAAGGAAAAGGUCCAAAAUUCAAGAUCCCAUCAAUGGGUCUUCCAAAAAUGCCUGAUGUUGAUUUUAAUGUAAGAACUCCUAAACUGGAAGGAGAUGUGAAAGCACCAAAAGUUGACCUAAAGGGACCUGAGGUAGACCUUGAAUGCCCAGAUGUGGACAUUGAUGGUAAAAUAAAAGGCUCAAAAUUCAAGAUGCCAUCAAUGCAUCUUCCACAUAUGUCUAUGCCUGACAUUCAUUUGAAAGGUCCAAACUGGAAAGGAAAAGCAGAUGUUGAUUUUCCUAAUUUAGAAGGAGAGUUGAAAGGUCCUAAUGUUGACCUAAAGGGUCCUGAGGUAGACCUUGAAUGCCCAGAUGUGGACAUUGAUGGUAAAAUAAAAGGCUCAAAAUUCAAGAUGCCAUCAAUGCAUCUUCCACAUAUGUCUAUGCCUGACAUUCAUUUGAAAGGUCCAAACUGGAAAGGAAAAGCAGAUGUUGAUUUGCCUAAUUUAGAAGGAGAGUUGAAAGGUCCUAAUGUUGACCUAAAGGGGCCUGAGGUUGAUCUAGAAAUGGCAGGUGUUGAUGUUGAAGGUCCAGAAGGAAAGCUGAAAAUGCCUAAAUUUAAAAUGCCCAAGUUUGGCCUUUCAGGAUCGAGUGCAGACGCUUCUCUAGGGGAUGUUGAGCUUCCAAAAGCUGACCUUGAAGUGUCUGGGCCAGAUUUUGACAUUGAUGGCCCUGAAGCAAAAUUAAAGGGCUCAAAAUUCAAGAUGCCAUCAAUGAAUUUUAAUCUACCUAAGAUGUCUAAGCCUGAUUUUGAUAUAGGCAUGAAAGGUUCCGGUGAUGCUAAAGUGGAUAUUAAGGGUCCCAAGUUGGACCUUGAAACCCCUGAAAUAGACAUUGAUGGUAAAGGAAAAGGUCCAAAAUUCAAGAUCCCAACUAUGAGUUUUCCAAAAAUGCCUAAUGUUGAUUUUAAUGUAAGAACUCCUAAACUGGAAGGAGAUGUGAAAGCACCAAAAGUUGACCUAAAGGGACCUGAGGUAGACCUUGAAUGCCCAGAUGUGGACAUUGAUGGUAAAAUAAAAGGCUCAAAAUUCAAGAUACCAUCAAUGCAUCUUCCACAUAUGUCUAUGCCUGACAUUCAUUUGAAAGGUCCAAACUGGAAAGGAAAAGCAGAUGUUGAUUUUCCUAAUUUAGAAGGAGAGUUGAAAGGUCCUAAUGUUGACCUAAAGGGUCCUGAGGUAGACCUUGAAUGCCCAGAUGUGGACAUUGAUGGUAAAAUAAAAGGCUCAAAAUUCAAGAUACCAUCAAUGCAUCUUCCACAUAUGUCUAUGCCUGACAUUCAUUUGAAAGGUCCAAACUGGAAAGGAAAAGCAGAUGUUGAUUUGCCUAAUUUAGAAGGAGAGUUGAAAGGUCCUAAUGUUGACCUAAAGGGGCCUGAGGUUGAUCUAGAAAUGGCAGGUGUUGAUGUUGAAGGUCCAGAAGGAAAGCUGAAAAUGCCUAAAUUUAAAAUGCCCAAGUUUGGCCUUUCAGGAUCGAGUGCAGACGCAUCUGUAGGGGAUGUUGAGCUUCCAAAAGCUGACCUUGAAGUGUCUGGGCCAGAUUUUGACAUCGAUGGCCCUGAAGCAAAAGUAAAGGGCUCAAAAUUCAAGAUGCCAUCAAUGAAUUUUAAUCUACCUAAGAUGUCUAAGCCUGAUUUUGAUAUAGGCAUGAAAGGUUCCGGUGAUGCUAAAGUGGAUAUUAAGGGUCCCAAGUUGGACCUUGAAACCCCUGAAAUAGACAUUGAUGGUAAAGGAAAAGGUCCAAAAUUCAAGAUCCCAUCUAUGGGUCUUCCAAAAAUGCCUGAUGUUGAUUUUAAUGUAAGAACUCCUAAACUGGAAGGAGAUGUGAAAGCACCAAAAGUUGACCUAAAGGGACCUGAGGUAGACCUUGAAUGCCCAGAUGUGGACAUUGAUGGUAAAAUAAAAGGCUCAAAAUUCAAGAUACCAUCAAUGCAUCUUCCACAUAUGUCUAUGCCUGACAUUCAUUUGAAAGGUCCAAACUGGAAAGGAAAAGCAGAUGUUGAUUUGCCUAAUUUAGAAGGAGAGUUGAAAGGUCCUAAUGUUAACCUAAAGGGGCCUGAGGUUGAUCUAGCAAUGGUAGGUGUUGAUGUUGAAGGUCCAGAAGGAAAGCUGAAAAUGCCUAAAUUUAAAAUGCCCAAGUUUGGCCUUUCAGGAUCGAGUGCAGACGCAUCUCUAGGGGAUGUUGAGCUUCCAAAAGCUGACCUUGAAGUGUCUGGACCAGAUUUUGACAUUGAUGGCCCUGAAGCAAAAGUAAAGGGCUCAAAAUUCAAGAUGCCAUCAAUGAAUUUUAAUCUACCUAAGAUGUCUAAGCCUGAUUUUGAUAUAGGCAUGAAAGGUUCCGGUGAUGCUAAAGUGGAUAUUAAGGGUCCCAAGUUGGACCUUGAAACCCCUGAAAUAGACAUUGAUGGUAAAGGAAAAGGUCCAAAAUUCAAGAUCCCAUCUAUGGGUCUUCCAAAAAUGCCUGAUGUUGAUUUUAAUAUAAGAACUCCUAAACUGGAAGGAGAUGUGAAAGCACCAAAAGUUGACCUAAAGGGACCUGAGGUAGACCUUGAAUGCCCAGAUGUGGACAUUGAUGGUAAAAUAAAAGGCUCAAAAUUCAAGAUACCAUCAAUGCAUCUUCCACAUAUGUCUAUGCCUGACAUUCAUUUGAAAGGUCCAAACUGGAAAGGAAAAGCAGAUGUUGAUUUUCCUAAUUUAGAAGGAGAGUUGAAAGGUCCUAAUGUUGACCUAAAGGGUCCUGAGGUAGACCUUGAAUGCCCAGAUGUGGACAUUGAUGGUAAAAUAAAAGGCUCAAAAUUCAAGAUACCAUCAAUGCAUCUUCCACAUAUGUCUAUGCCUGACAUUCAUUUGAAAGGUCCAAACUGGAAAGGAAAAGCAGAUGUUGAUUUGCCUAAUUUAGAAGGAGAGUUGAAAGGUCCUAAUGUUGACCUAAAGGGGCCUGAGGUUGAUCUAGAAAUGGCAGGUGUUGAUGUUGAAGGUCCAGAAGGAAAGCUGAAAAUGCCUAAAUUUAAAAUGCCCAAGUUUGGCCUUUCAGGAUCGAGUACAGACGCAUCUGUAGGGGAUGUUGAGCUUCCAAAAGCUGAUCUUGAAGUGUCUGGGCCAGGUUUUGACAUUGAUGGCCCUGAAGCUAAAGUAAAGGGCUCAAAAUUCAAGAUGCCAUCAAUGAAUUUUAAUCUACCUAAGAUGUCUAAGCCUGAUUUUGAUAUAGGCAUGAAAGGUUCCGGUGAUGCUAAAGUGGAUAUUAAGGGACCCAAGUUGGACCUUGAAGCCCCUGAAAUAGACAUUGAUGGUAAAGGAAAAGGUCCAAAACUCAAGAUCCCAUCUAUGAGUCUUCCAAAAAUGCCUGAUGUUGAUUUUAAUGUAAAAACUCCUAAACUGGAAGGAGAUGUGAAAGCUCCAAAAGUUGACCUAAAGGGACCUGAGGUAGACCUUGAAUGCCCAGAUGUGGGCAUUGAUGGUAAAAUAAAAGGCCCAAAAUUCAAUAUGCCAUCAAUGCAUCUACCACAUAUGUCUAUGCCUGACUUUCAUUUGAAAGGUCCAAACUGGAAAGGAAAAGCAGACGUUGAUUUACCUACUUUAGAAGGAGAAUUGAAAGGUCCUAAUGUUGCUCUAAAGGGUCCAAGUGUUGAUCUAGAAAUGGCUGGUGUUGAUAUCGAAGGUCCAGAAGGAAAGCUGAAAUUGCCUAAAUUUAAAAUGCCUAAGUUUGGCUUUUCAGGAUCUAAUGCUCCAGGAGUAGAUAUUGAUCUUCCAAAAGCUGACCUUGCAGUGUCUGGGCCAGAUUUUGACAUAGAAGGUCCUGAAGCUAAAGUAAAGGGCCCGAAGUUGAAGCUGCCAGACAUGGACCUGCAUGUUAAAGGUCCCAAAUUAAAAGGGGAUGUGGAUAAACCUGAUGCAAAUUAUGACGCAGGAAUAAAGGAUCCAAAAUUCAAGAUCAAAGGUCCAGAAUUUGAUAUCUCAAGCCCAACUCUGUCUGCUGAAUUGCCAGAAGGCAAAGUUAAAGGGUCAAAAUUUAAGUUACCAUCAUGGGGUUUUUCAAAACCCAGUGUUUCCAUGCCAGAUGUAGAUCUUAAUUUGAAAGGACCUAAAGUGAAGGGUGAUAUUGAUGCUUCAAUUGCAGUGGGAGGCAAACUUAAAGGCCCAGAGUUGGGAGUAGAAUUGCCAGAGGUAGACUUUGACAUGCCAGAAGCAAAAGUUAAGAAAUCCAAAUUUAGGCUGCCAAAGUUUAACUUUUCAGGUCCUAAAGCACAAGCACCCAGUGUUGACAUUAAGGUUCCAAAAACUGACAUUAAUAUCAGCGGCCCUGAUUUGGAAAGUCCCAAUAUGGAAAUAAAGGGUAAAAGUCAAAAAUUUAAAAUGCCCUCAUUAAACAUAACUAGCCCUAAAGUAUCCAUGCCAGAUGUUGAAUUAAAUUUAAAAGGACCCAAAUUAAAAGGAGAUGUAGAUGUCUCAUCGCCAAAUUUUGAAGGUGAAUUAAAGGGUUCCAAGCUAGAUAUAAAAACUCCAGAUAUGGACCUUGAGACACCUGACCUUUCGCUAGAAGGCCCAGAAGGUAAAGGGAAGCUGAAAAUGCCAAAAUUCAGUCUUCCCAAGUUUGGAUUUUCUGGUUCAAAACCAGAUGCUCCAGAUAUUGAUCUAAAAUUUCCAAAAGCUGACCUCAAUUUGUCUAGUCCAAAGUUAAAAAUGGAAACUCCUGAUAUGGAUAUUGAUGGCCCAGAUGGAAAACUGAAGGGUCCAAAACUGAAGAUGCCCUCAUUUAGUGUAGAUUUGCCGAAAGUUUCCAUGCCUGAUCUUGAUCUAAAUGUGAAAGGUCCUAAGAUGAAAGGAGAUUUAAAAGGUCCUGAUGUUGAUAUUAAAGUGCCUGACGUAGAUCUUAAAGCCCCAGAUGUAGACCUUGAUGGGAAAAUAAAAGGGCCAAAAUUUAAGAUGCCAACAAUGAAUGUUCCGAAAUUGUCUAUGCCUGACUUUAAUCUGAAAGGCCCUAAAAUGGAAGGAGAAUUGAAAUGUCCUGAUGUUGAUAUUAAAGUGCCUGACGUAGAUCUUGAAGCCCCAGAUGUAGACCUUGAUGGGAAAAUUAAAGGCUCAAAAUUUAAGAUGCCAACAAUGAAUGUUCCGAAAUUGUCUAUGCCUGACUUUAAUCUGAAAGGCCCUAAAAUGGAAGGAGAAUUGAAAUGUCCUGAUGUUGAUAUUAAAGUGCCUGAGGUAGAUCUUGAAGCCCCAGAUGUAGACCUUGAUGGGAAAAUAAAAGGCCCAAAAUUUAAGAUGCCAACAAUGAAUGUUCCGAAAUUGUCUAUGCCUGACUUUAAUCUGAAAGGCCCUAAAAUGGAAGGAGAAUUGAAAUGUCCUGAUGUUGAUAUUAAAGUGCCUGAGGUAGAUCUUGAAGCCCCAGAUGUAGACCUUGAUGGGAAAAUAAAAGGCCCCAAAUUUAAGAUGCCAACAAUGAAUGUUCCGAAAUUGUCUAUGCCUGACUUUAAUCUGAAAGGCCCUAAAAUGGAAGGAGAAUUGAAAUGUCCUGAUGUUGAUAUUAAAGUGCCUGACGUGGAACUUGAAGCCCCACAUGUAGACCUUGAUGGGAAAAUAAAAGGCCCAAAAUUUAAGAUGCCAACAAUGAAUGUUCCGAAAUUGUCUAUGCCUGACUUUAAUCUGAAAGGCCCUAAAAUGGAAGGAGAAUUGAAAUGUCCUGAUGUUGAUAUUAAAGUGCCUGAGGUAGAUCUUGAAGCCCCAGAUGUAGACCUUGAUGGGAAAAUAAAAGGCCCAAAAUUUAAGAUGCCAACAAUGAAUGUUCCGAAAUUGUCUAUGCCUGACUUUAAUCUAAAAGGCCCUAAAAUGGAAGGAGAAUUGAAAUGUCCUGAUGUUGAUAUUAAAGUGCCUGAGGUAGAUCUUGAAGCCCCAGAUGUAGACCUUGAUGGGAAAAUAAAAGGCCCAAAAUUUAAGAUGCCAACAAUGAAUGUUCCAAAAGUGUCUAUGCCUGACUUUAAUCUGAAAGGUCCUAAAUUUGAUGUUGAGGGUCCAGGCAUUGAAAUAGAUGCUCCAGAUGUCGAUUUGAAAGGCCCAGACGGAAAACUUAAAAUGCCCAAAUUCAAAAUGCCUAAAUUUGGUAUUUCUGGGACAAAAAUGGGGGAACUAGAUGUAGAUACUAGCCUGCCCAAGGGAAAACUUGAUAUAGCUGGUCCAAAUGUAGACAUUAAAGCACCUGAAAUUGAUGUUGAGGGCCCUGAAGGUAAGCUAAAAGGUCCUAAUUUAAAAAUACCAUCUAUGAAUAUCAGUUUACCAAAAGUAUCCAUGCCCGAUUUUGACCUUAAUGUUAAAGGUUCCAAAUUUGAAGGAGGUUUGAAAGGUCCCACUAUUGACAUUAAGGGUCCAUCCAAAGGAAAUGUUGAUAUAUCUGGAGAUAUUGAUAUCUCUAGUCCUAAAUUAGAUGUUACAGCACCAGUAAUAGAAAUUGAGGGCCCUGAUGGAAAGCUAAAAGACUCUAAAUUUAAGAUGCCCUCACUGAAUAUGCCAGAUAUUGACAUUAAUUUGAAAGGCUCAAGCUGGAAGGGAGGAGCAGACUUGUCAGGCCCAAAAGUAAAGGGUCAGUUAAAAAGUCCUGAACUUGACCUUGAUGUACCCGAUAUUGACCUAGAAGGUCCUGAAGGCAAAAUUAAGAUGCCAAAAUUAAAAAUGCCUAAGUUUGGAAUUUCUGUACCAAAAGGGGAAGGUGUAGAUAUUGCACCAGAAUUGAACAUUGAAGGCCCAGAUGUUAAGGCAAAGGGCUCAAAAUUCAACAUGCCAUCAAUGAAUUUUAGCUUACCAAAAGUAUCCAUGCCAGAAAUAAAUCUAAAGGGACCCAAAAUUAAGGGAGAAGCAGACCUGAGUGGCCCAAAUAUGGAAAAAGACAUACAUUUGAAGGGUCCACAUUUGACAGGAGAUUUUGAUGUUGCUCUCACUGGCCGACAAUUAGAAGGAGAACUGAAGAGCCCAGAAAUUGACAUGUCAGUGCCUGAUAUCAACUUUGGUUCUACAAACAUUAGUGUGAAAGGUCAAGGAGCAGAGAUCGAGGGCCCUGAGGCUAAUUUAAAACUGCCUAAAGGUAAGAAACCAAAGUUUGGUUUUGGCAUGAAAUCACCUAAAUCAGAUAUAAAAACUCCGUCAGUAGAUGUUACAAUUCCAGAUGCAGAUUUUGAUUCUGAGGUUCCUGAUAUAAGUGUUGGAGCCAAGGGCAAAAAGGGUAAAUUUAAAAUGCCAAAAAUUCACAUGAGUGGCCCGAAAAUAAAAGGCAAAAAAGGUGGUUUUGAUGUAAGUGCGCCUGACAUAGAUAGUGACAUAAACCUUAAUGCGCCUGAUGUUGAUUUAAAUAUUUCAGGAGGAGAAGCAGGAUUGAAAACCGAUGUUGGCUUAAAAGCACCUAAAACUCGAAAACCACUCUUUGGAAAAUUGUAUUUCCCUGAUGUAGAAUUCGACAUUAAAUCUCCAAAAAUAAAAGGAGAAACUUCCCUUCAAACUCCUAGAGCAGACUUAAAGACUCCUGAGUUAGACAUUGAUGGUGGAAUAAACACUCCAGAAGCUGACUUCACAUCUGCUGGGGUUAGCAUUGAAGGUCCUGAUAUAAAGGUGAAAAAACCUAAAUUCAAACUCCCAACUUUCAAUAUGUCAGGGCCAAAGGUAGACAUACCUGAAACUGACCUUUCCCUUUCAAAAGGAGAAAUUAAUAUAUCUGGCCCAAAGGUUGCAACAGACUUGGGAACUCCUGCCCUAGAUGUAAAUAUUGGUGCAUUAAAUAUUAGAAAUGAAGCACCCAAUGUUUCAAUUGACACCUCAGUACCAAAAAUGUCUGUUCCAGAUGCGGAUGUGAAUUUGCAAGGACCAAAAGUUAAAGGUUAUAAGGUAACUUCUGGAAGUAUGGAAUUAAGUCCACCUAAUGUAGACAUCUCUGGGUCAGGUGGGCAAAUUAAAAUUCCUAAAUUGGGCAUCUCUGGAGCAUCUGGAGAUGGUCCUGAGGUUAGUUUUAAUACUGAACUUAAAGGACCACAGAUGGGGGCAAAACUAAAAGGUUCCUCCAUCAACAUGCCUAAAGUUGAUAUAUCUGUUCCAAAGGUUUCUGGUACAGAUAUUGACAUGAAUUUUCAAAGACCAGAGACUGAAGGUGAGUUUGGAAUCUUUGGUGGAAAAAAACAAAAUGUAAGUGUUGCAGUGCCAGGCAUUCAAGUGAAAGGAUUUGACAGUCAGAUUAAUUUGCCUCAGGUGGACAUUUCUGGUCCACGCUUGCAAGGACCUGAUGGAAAAUUGAAUGUACAAGGAAUAGAUGCAAAUCUAGAAAGUUCUUCUGGUAAAAUUACUUUCCCCAGACUUUUAAUGCCAAAAUUUACAACAGCUGGUCCUGAACUGUCUGGAAGAGAAGUGGGAGUUGAUGUAGACUUUCCAUCUGCAGAUGUGCAUGUUGAAAAGUCUGGCCAAGCUGAUGUAGAAUUUGAAGAAAGUGACAUAAAAAUAAAAAAGUCUAAAAUAAAAAUGCCCAAGUUCAACUUCAAAUCCAAAGGUAAAAGUGAUGCUAGUCUCCCAGAUGUCUCAGUUUCUGGGUCAAAGGGAGAUCUUAAAAGCUCAAAAGCUAGUUUAGGUUCUGCUGAAGUAGGGUUGGGGUCUGCUAAAGUGGAGGUAGAAAAACCUGCAAAGUAUGAGUUUUCCUUAUUUACUAGCAAAAAGCCAAGACACAGAUCUUCCUCUCUGAGUGAGGAGAAGGACGAAUCAGCACACUCAUCUCCAAGUGGUACAUUGGAAGCAGAAGGUUCAUUGUCAGCAGAAGGAGGGAAAAAGAAAGGAAAACAUUCUAAGAUUAAAUUUGGCACUUUUGGUGGCUUAGGGUCUAAAUCAAAGGGUUCCUAUGAGGUCACAUUAAGUGAUGAUGAAAACGUCCAAGGUAGUGGGGCAUCUGUUUCCUCUCGUAAGUCCAGGGUCUCUUCCUCCUCGAGCAAUGACAGUGCAACUAAGGCAGGCGUCCAUUUGCCUAAGGUGGAGAUUACUGUUGCCAAAAAGAAAGAAUGAAUCCCCCACCUUUAACCCAGCAUGUAUAUAAAUAUAUAUAUCUGUGUGUUUGUACAUACAUUUUGCAGCCUUUAUAGAAUUCUAACCUUUUUGAAUGAACAGUGGAGAUGAAAAACAAAGGUGAUAAAGUAAAAGCAGACAGAUCCUCAAUUGUUUAUUAAAUUCCAUGCACACAUUAAACCUUUCACUACCUGACAUAUUUUACUUGUACGCCAAACCCGGGCAGUGAGAGAUUUAAUGAUCUGUUUUUGAUAUAACAAUUUGUACAUGGAAAUAUAUUUUUCCAUAUAUUUUUUUUACUUGCAUUUACAGUUGAUAUUUUCCUUUGUGGGGCUUUACAGAUAGAUGCAAACAGACGUAAUAAAACACUGUAAAUUGCAUUGAACCAGCUAGGUGGAUGAAAUUCAGGAGUCUGAGAAGUUGUAAUCUAAUGGUAACAAAAUAUGUAAUGUUUAAAACAGCAUUUGUUUUCAGAGAUCUAAUCUGACAGAAAAAGUGCACUUUUUUUUUUUUUUUUACAUCCUGUCUAAUUUAUUUGCAGAUCGUUCACAAUAUAUAGUGUUGCUUUCUGCUUCUUUCAUGUGAUCAUGGUCACAAAGAAGUGAAAGUGAAAAAAUAUAAAAAAUAACUAAACAUUGGUGCACUCUUUUUGAAAAGUGGCUAUAUCUCAAGUGAAGGACACCUGUAAAAUAAAAAAUAGCUGUUACUGCUAUGAAUUAUUAAAUGUGCCUGUGCAAGAGUUUCUUUUUUUCUUUUUCUUUUUUUCAUAUGCAGUUGUCCCGCUUGAUAUUUGGUCACCUUAGUAAAUCAAGCUGAUAACUGGUAAACUCCCAAACUAUGUAAACCUUACAUAUGUUUAGAAACUGACACUGACCUGUUUAAAUUGUGUAACAUAGGGGGGGGAAAAAGCUAAUGGGAGGGGUAUGGUCAAUGUGUUAUUUCAAUUUUACGCUGAAACUCUCCAUCUUUCUAAAGGUGAUCAAUUUCAGCCCUGUCUUUAGCAUCUGGUGGUUCAAUGCGUCAUUUUUUUAUUUGUACUAUAAGACUUUUCUUCAAUUGUCAUACCUAAACUGCUGCUUGUAUUUGUUGGACGUAAACAAGAUUUGCUUUCAUUUCUAGUAAAAUAAAAAUAAAUAAAAAUAAGAUUUAAAUAAAGUUUUAACUUCAUAAAUCUGUAAACACUUCAUUCAGAAAUGUGUUAUGGUGGAUUGUUAAAAAAACAAAACCAAAAUAAAGCUUCUAACCUUUAGUAAAA